AUGGGUCAUUAUCUGCAUGUCAUGUUUUUAACGUUUUCUCUGACUGGAGUUGCAUUCUCUGAGGUGGUCCAGUCGGAGGAGACUAUACCUGUGAGGCUUACACUCAGAAGCAUGGGUCGUUUUUCGAGAGGGAGCGAAGAAAGGCAAAGUUUCAAAUUCAAAGCAUUUGGUCAAGAUUUCACAUUAGAUUUGGCUCCGGAUAACAGUUUCGUCUCUCCAACGUUGAGCGUUCAGCGCAUCCGAGGGAAGCAUCUCUCUGCUUUUUUAAAGGGCUCCGGCAACGAGGAUGUCCGAAAGGGUGUUAACAAGAUAACAGAGAGUGGAGAAGACCUCAGAGGCUGUUUUUACACGGGAACCGUCAAUUCUGACCAAGAGUCGUUAGUCGCUGUUAGUCUCUGUCAUGGUAUUUAUGGGACAUUUGUUACUCACGGGGAAGAGUUCUUUAUUCAGCCUAAAUCUCGUGGCGCCCAGGCGACCGACAGAUCUUUUUCGCAGGUGCACGUCGUUCAAAGGAGGGUUCUCACUCAGCCAAAGGAAACUUCAAAGACUACCUUUGAUCAUGUGGAGGACCGCAGUCAGAACUUGUCGGACGGCAGCUCGGGGACCCACAGAGAGGAAGAAAGUAAAGGGAAGCGGGAAAAGAGAUUCGUCUCUGCCGCGAGAUACAUUGAGACGCUGGUGGUGGCUGACUCGACAAUGACACGUUUCUAUGGAGAUGAGAUAAAGCACUACCUGCUGACUCUGAUGGCCACGGCGGCCCAGGUGUACGCCCACCCCAGUCUGAAGAACGCCGUGAGUCUGGUGGUGGUGAAGAUGUUGGUGGUGGAGGAUGAAGAGGUCGGGCCUGAGGUGUCCAGUAAUGGAGGAGUCGCCUUGCGUAACUUCUGUGCCUGGCAACAGCUCUUCAACCCUGGCAGUCAGAGACACCCUGAGCACUAUGACACUGCUAUUCUAUUCACCCGAGAGGAUAUUUGCGGCCAUCAGAACUGUGACACUCUCGGGGUCGCGGAUGUGGGUACAAUGUGUGACCCAAAAAGAAGCUGUAGUGUGAUUGAGGAUAACGGCCUUCAGACCGCAUUCACGGUGGCACAUGAGCUCGGUCACGUUCUCAGCAUGCCUCACGACGACUCCAGAAACUGUGAGAAAUUGUUCGGUCAUCUGGAUUCACACCACAUGAUGGCACCUUUCUUCGUGCACUUCAACCGCACGUUUCCCUGGUCGCCCUGCAGUGCCCUGUACAUCACAGAAUUCUUCGACAACGGCCACGGUGAUUGUCUGCUGGACAAACCAGAGCAGACCAUUCCGUUACCUAUGGAUCCUCCAGGCUUCACAUACAGCCUUGACCGACAGUGCCAGCAGGCGUUUGGGGAGGAGUUUACCCGCUGCCCCAACGUCCCAGAGGACCAGGCCUGCGCUCAGCUCUGGUGCCAGGAGGAGGGGCAGGUACAGUGCACCACCCGAAACGGAAGCCUGCCCUGGGCGGACGGCACGCCCUGCGGGGCGGGGAAGAGCUGCCGGGAAGGCAUGUGUGUUCCGAGCAUUCCGGAGGAGGAGAGAAAAGAGGAGGUGCCCAUUGAUGGGGACUGGGGUGAGUGGGGUCCCUGGGGACCUUGCUCCAGGACCUGCGGGGGUGGAGUCGAAUUCUCGCACAGAGAGUGUACUAAUCCGGUGCCAAAGCACGGAGGCUCCUACUGUGUAGGGCAGAGGGUCAAAUACCAGUCCUGCAACAUUCAGGCCUGCCCGGAAGACCAUGGGAAGAGCUUCAGAGAAGAACAAUGUGAGAAAUAUAACAGUGACCGUUACCUGGACAUGCACGGGAACGUGAAGCAGUGGAUCCCCAAAUAUGCCGGGGUGUCACCCCGAGACCGCUGCAAACUGUUCUGUAGAGCCAAGGGCAGCAACGAGUUCAAAGUCUUUGAAGCGAAGGUUGUGGAUGGUACCACAUGUGGGCCAGAUACCACAUCCAUCUGUGUCCAGGGCCAGUGCAUCAAAGCGGGCUGUGACCAGGUGAUUGGCUCCAGUCUGAGGCUGGAUAAGUGUGGUAUCUGUGGAGGGGAUGGAACAAGCUGCAGGAAGAUCACAGGAGCACUGAACAAAGCUACGUUUGGCUACAAUGACGUUGUAACUAUCCCAGCUGGGGCCACCAACAUCGACAUUAAACAGCGCAGUAACCGUGGCAUCAAACACGACGGCAACUACUUGGCAGUGAAGGCCGAAGAUGGAAGCUACAUCCUCAACGGGAACUAUUCCGUGUCGACAGCAGAACAGGACAUUCCCGUGCCCGGUGCUGUCCUCCGCUACAGCGGCUCCUCGACCACCCUGGAACGACUCCUGAGCUUCCAUCAGCUCCGACAGCCUAUCACUGUCCAGCUUCUGUCCACCAUUGGGGACAUGUCACCCCCUAAAGUUAAGUAUACCUUCUACCUGCCCCAUGAUGUCCCCUUUAACAGGCCCAGCUCAGAGAGCCGGCUGUCGCCCCACAUCAUCCUGCCUCUAGGGGGCGCCGACUGGGUCCUGGGAGAGUGGUCUGAGUGCUCCAAGACCUGUGGCUCUGGCUGGUCCCGAAGAACCGUGGAAUGUCAGGAUGGGGCAGGAUCCUUGUCCUACUUCUGCGACCCAGACCUGCGGCCAGCCGACAUCCGGCCCUGCGGGGACCUGCCGUGCCCCGUGUGGCAGAUGGGCCCCUGGUCUGCCUGUUCGCGGACUUGCGGCCCUGGACAGCGACAUCGUAGCGUGCUCUGCAUGGACUACACCGGCAAGAUCGUGGAGCCCGAAAGGUGUAACCCAGACAAGAGACCAGAGGAUGUUUCAGGAGAGUGUUUUUACCAGGACUGCUGA